AAUGUUUUGAAGAAAUUUGUUUUGAAUAUCUGAUAUGUUGAAAUCGCAUUGGGUAAAAAUGUCGGUUCCGAUAGGAAUUAUUUCUUGAAGUUUCAGCUUGAUCAAUGCUGGGGAUAAGGAAUAAUUUCUGUGGAUUUUAAGUGGCGAUGUGCAUGUGAACAUAAUCAUUAUUAAAUUUUCCUCGACCUUUAUACUGUCAACCCUUGUAGAGGAUAAUGGAACAAGUUGCUGCUCUCGGCUCUGAACAAGGGUCAUUGACAGAAACGGUUACACCGCAACAAAAUUUCGAAGCACCAGAAACACCGCAGCAGAAGGCAUUGUUAAAUCUGGUAUUCAGAUCAAUGAAACGAACACAUGAUCUUUUCUAUCACGACUAUGGAACCUUGCCUGAGCUAAAUUCGGAAGCUGAUAUGUUAUGGCGAGCUGUGAAGUUAAGAUCUGAAUAUGGAAGUGUUAUGAAAGAAGUGAGUGAAGCAAAGAGAAAAAGGAGGAAGAACUAUUGAAAUUACCGAUCAAUCCAGCAAAUGUUAUCGGUAGUUCUGUUGAGAGCUCUUCACGAACACUUGCUAUAACUGCUGGUACGAAUGAAACCAUGAUUGAAAAGGAAAGUGCUGAUGUAACAGGAUCCGGUCGCUCAGAAGAUAAUACGAUGCGUGCAAUGUUACCUGCUCGAGCUCCGGUUAUGGUAAAGCCUAAGUGGCAUGCACCAUGGAAAUUAUACAGAGUGAUUUCCGGGCAUACAGGUUGGGUGAGAUGUGUAGAUGUCGAACCUGGUAAUGAAUGGUUUGCGACAGGUGGUGCAGAUCGAAUUGUAAAGAUAUGGGAUCUCGCAAGUGGAAAAUUGCGAUUAUCAUUAACAGGACAUGUUAGCGCAGUUAGGUGCUGUAAAGUUUCACGAAGACAUCCGUUUCUUUUCACAGGUGGCGAAGAUAAGCAGGUAAAGUGUUGGGAUCUCGAAUAUAACAAGGUCAUCCGUCAUUAUCAUGGACAUUUGAGUGCCGUUCAGGAUCUUACUAUCCAUCCGACAAUUGAUGUUUUGAUCACUUGUGCUCGGGAUGCUACUGCACGAGUUUGGGAUAUGCGAACCAAAGCUCAGAUUCAUUGUUUGAGUGGGCACACAAACACAGUUGCGACAGUUAUUUCACAGGAAGUCGAUCCUCAGGUUAUCACUGGUAGUCAUGAUUCUACAAUCCGGCUUUGGGAUCUUGCUGCCGGACGAAGUAUUUGCACCUUAACGCAUCAUAAGAAGAGUGUACGAGCUUUAACAUUGCAUCCUUCACUCUUCAUGUUUGCAUCAGGAAGUGCUGACAAUAUCAAAGAAUGGAAGUGUCCAGAAGGAAUAUUUAUCCAAAAUUUAUUAGGGCAUAACGCAAUUAUUAAUUCACUUGCGUGUAAUGAAGAAGGUGUGCUUGUUUCUGGAGGUGACAAUGGUUCGUUAAAUUUUUGGGAUUGGAAGAGUGGUUUUUGCUUCCAGCGUGAACAAACAAAGGCUCAGCCAGGUUCAAUCGAUUCAGAAGCUGGAAUAUUUGCACUCACAUACGACCAGUCAGGUUCCCGAUUAAUUACUGCAGAAGCUGAUAAGACAAUCAAAAUGUAUAAAGAAGAUGAGAAUGCGACAGAGGAAACACAUCCGAUCCUGUGGAGGCCAGAAAUAUUGCGGCGAAAAGCUUAUUAAUUUAAAUCUGACGUAUUGAAUUACGAAAUUUUAUGAUUGUUAUGUUACUUGUACCUCGUUGUGUUUUUGAUACCACUGUUGAUUUGAUGUUACUUUCAUGCUUAAUUCAUAAUUUUGAUAUUUCGUGAAAAAAUGAUUUUUAAUGCUAGUACCUCACAAACAUCAUCAAGAAGUGAUGAACUGAGGAGUUAAGGAAGAGUUCUGUCUUCUGUUUUUCUUUUUUUAUCCAUUCACUUAGUGAUUUGAUUCGAAGUUUAAUAUUAUUAGCAAUGCUGGCCUCUUUUCCUUUUGCUUUUUAGUUUAUUUUCUUAUCACAUUUCUUGUUCUCCCUUUGCUCCUUUUGUUUUUUCCUCCCUUCAUUGACAUUGGUUAAAUGAUAUUCCAUUUUAUACGUCUUCUGAGACAUUAAAGUUAUGAGAUACGAAUGAUACGAUCAGUUUUCAAUAAUGUAUUCCAACAAUCGUG